AUGGCGUCCUUCUCGCCCGUGGAGCAGGCGCGCCUGGAAAAGGACCAGGCGGCGGAGGAGCUGCUGACGGUCCUCGCCGCGAAGCACGACCUGGAGGAGCGCGAGCGCGAGCGGCAGCUCGCGACGCAGCGGUCCGACAGCGCGUCGCGCCUCGCCCAGCGCCGCGCGAGCCGCCAGGCGCAGCGGGCGACGGCGGCGCCAGCGAAGCCGGCGCCGCGGCUGCCCCGCGGCCUCGCGGACGUCGUCGGCUCGGACGACGCGGCGUGGCUCGCGGCCGAGGCCGCGCUUCUCGCGGCCAAGCUCGAGGCCUACGACGACGUCGACGGCCUCGAUGCCCUGCUCGGCGGGUCGAGCGACGACGACGACGGCGCGCCCGCGGCCGCGGCGCCGGAGCCCGACGACGACUGGGCCGAGUGGGCGAAGCUCUUCGACCUGUCGGACGCGAGGGCCUGGGAGCGUACGCCCCUCGUCUACCACAGCUCGCAGCACGCGUCGGGCCACGGCGACGUCGUCUGGGCCGCGGGCGAGUACUGCGCGGCGCGCAUCCUGGCGCACGGCGCGCUCUUCGACGUCGACCUCGGCGGCGCGCGCGUGCUGGAGCUGGGCGCGGGCUGCGGCCUGCCGUCGCUGGCCGCCGUGCGCGCGGGCGCGGACGUGCUGGCGACGGACAACCGGACGCCGGGCGCCAUUUUUGCACUGGCCGCGUCCGCGCGGUGGUCGCUCGCGGCCGCGCGCGACCACGGCGGCUCGCUCCAGGCGCGCGGCCUCGCCUGGGGCGAGGCGCCGCCGCCGGGGCCCUACGACGUCGUCCUCGUCUGCGACUGCAUCUACGACCCGGCGUCGCACGAGGCGCUGCUCGCGACGCUCGACGCGGUCUUCGACGAGAACGCGGACGCGACGGCCGUCGUCGCCUUCGCGCUCCACGGCAACGCGGCCGACGCCGCGGUUUUCGGCUUCUUCGACGCCGCGCGGGCCCGCGGCCGCGGCGUCGCCAAGGUCGACGAGCAGCAGCUCCGCGUGACGGAGUCCAUGCGCGACGUGUGCCAGGUCCGCGACGCGAAGCGGAGCCUCGUCCACGUCUACUUCCUCACGGCCGCGUCCCUCGAGGCGCCCGACUAG